GGUUCGGAUCUUAUCAACGGUGAACGGGGACGGUGGAUGGAAGACAUGUCGCCGCCGCUGAGAGAUCUCUAUCUCCAUGAAGAAGCGCAUCUGGAGAAUCUCACUGAUUUCGCAAAUCUCUGAUCUGCUCUGCCUUUCUCGUGGCUCUUCUUCAACCUUGAAGACUCUGACCCCCUUCUCCUUUACCCUCUUCAGGUCCCCUAUACACCCUCCCUUCCAUCAUUCCGGUAAAUCUCUCUUCAGCCAAGUUCCCGGCUUGAAAACCCAAUUGCUGCGCCAUUCCGAUAAGGUUGCCACUGUUUUGGAGGCAAACCAAAUCCAAGGAGCCGCUUUUGUUGAGCUCCUCCGGCAGUUACGUCCAUGGCCCGUUUUGUCUCAAGUGGUCUUCGACUGGCGACGAAACAAGGCACUAUGCGAUGGGGUUCCUAUGACUGCUGAUGAAUACGCUAAGGGAAUUACUAUCUCUGGUAGAUUGAAGAAUGUUGAUAUGGCACUUUCCUUGUUUAACGAGUCUGCAAAGACGACCUCCGUCUACAACGCUUUGAUGGGUGCUUACAUGUGGAAUGGUUUGGCAGAUCAUUGCAAGCAGCUCUUCCUUGACUUCAGUGCUCAAGAGGACUCUACCCCAUCUGUCUCAACUUACAACAUCCUCAUUUCGCUUUAUGGCCGUUUGGUUAUGGUCGAUCGGAUGGAAGCUGUAUUCCUUCAACUUAUACAACUCAAAAUCCUUCCCAAUUCCAGCACCUACAACAACUUGAUCGCUGGCUAUAUCUAUGCUUGGAGUUGGGAUAAGAUGGAAGCUACUUUCCAGAUCAUGAAGAAGAAUGGCCUUGUUAAGCCUACCCUUGCCACUUAUUUGCUCAUGCUCAGAGGGUAUGCAAACUCGGGUAAUCUGGUUCUGAUGGAGGAGAUGUAUCAAGCUGUGAAACAUCACGUUGACAGGAAUGAGUUUAAGUUAAUUGAGUCCAUGAUAUGCGCAUACUAUAGGAGUUCUCACAAGGAUAGGAUCAGAAAAAUCAAGACUUUAACCAAGCUUAUUCCCAAGAAACGUUACAAGCCUUGGUUGUAUGUGCUCUUGAUACAGCUAUAUGGACAAGAUGAUAAUCUACAUGCCAUGGAGAAUUUCAUAGACCAGGCUAUUACAAAAGGAAUCCAGAUAGAGACAGAUGGGAUCAUGAGAUCAAUUGUGGCUAAUUACUUUAGGUGCAAUGCGGUAGAUAAGCUUGCUAAAUUUGUGCAGCGUGCUCACUCUGCUGGAUGGAAGAUGAGCAGGUCUAUGUUCCAUGGCUUAAUGCUCAUGUAUGGAUCUCAGAAGCGUUUUAAAGAGAUGGAAAAUGUCCUCUCUGAAAUGGAAAGUUUUAACAUAAGCCGAUCCAAAAAGACUCUUUGCAUUCUGCAUAGAGUAUACGCAAUGCAUGGACAGGAACAUAAGGUCAAUCAAGUCGCAGGAAUGGUGCUAAAGCAUGGACAUGACUUCCCACGACCUUUUGUGACGUGAGGGCUACCUGAAGCCCUAUGUAUCCCUUCAUCACGAACGAUACAUCGAACCUCAUUGUUGACUUCACAUACCUUGUAUAGCUCAGCUGGGCCAGUAUACUGAUGGACCAUAGUGAACCGAUAAGAAUCUACAUUAGAAAUUAUGAGGCAAAUAGGAUACAGAAUAGAAAUGUUGGAAGAGGGGUGAAUACGUUAUCUACUCAGCAUUUUGUUAGAAGGAAGCAAAAAUGUCUCAGUUGUCAGAUAGCAUACAUGUUAAUUGGUUUUACAGUGGAAGGGUGGAUCAAAGGCAAGUUUUAAUAUCUCAUCUCAAGUUGAGAUUUCUAAUUUUGGAAGUUGGAAAGUUGCUCUUUUGUCAUUGUUUCUGUUGAGAGUCAUCAGCAGCUUCCUGCUGUGUGUCUACAAUUUGCCUGAUAUAUAUAUAUAUAUAUAUAUAUAUAUAUAUAUGCAUCCACAUGCUUUAUGCUUUGUGCUUAAGGCACAAGAUGGUGAAUCACUGUAUCCUACUCUUUCUGUGAUGAAUAUUUCUUGCUUGUUUCUGUAAUAAAUGGAUGUGCUUAAGAUUGUAGUAAA